UCUUUCUCUUUAGACUGACUCUAUAUAUAACGCCAAUGAAAGGAAGCAUUCCCUGCAAAAUUAAGUGCACUCGAGGUUCCUCUUGUGUUUCAAUACAGAUUCUAGCUAAUAGCUAAUCAAUUUUAGUUUCCUAUUACUACCACAACCCUACUAGUUUUUCCAAGCAUGGCUUCUGGAAAUGGGAACAACGAUUGGUCUACAGGCCUCUGUGGCUGCACUGAAGAUUGCCGUUCCUGUUGCCUUGCCUGCUGGUGCCCUUGUGUUGCCUUUGGGAGGAUUGCUGAGAUCGUGGAUAGAGGCCAAUCCUCUUGCUGCCAGAUGGGGUGCAUUUUCUGUCUGCUAGGUCUACUCCUGUUGAAUCAUGCGUCCUUGAUUGUAAGCAUGGGCUAUCGCACCAAGAUAAGGCAACAAUACGGUAUUAUGGGAGGCUCAUGCCAUGAUUGUAUCCUUCAUUUCUGUUGCGAGCGUUGCGCCUUGUGCCAAGAGUACCGUGAACUUCAGUUCCAAGGAUAUGAUGUUUCUGCUGGUUGGGAAGCAAAUGCUGCUAAAAAGAUUUCUGGGGUAACUAUGGCUCCAGUUGGAGAAAAGAUGACGCGUUAGGUCAAAAGAUCUGAAUUGUGGCCUGGAUUCAUUUUGCACCUUCAAUUUGUAAAUCUCUCCAUUUAAUUUUCUAUUUGCAAUAACCGAGUACCUAAAACUCUAUGUCGUACCUUCAAAACUUCGAAUGGUGCAAAAUGAGAUUAGUACAACUUUAUCCAGUGAGCUCUUAUCUUCUGCCAUAUCAUCCAUCCAUCUCAGAUACUGCUCAGAAUCCUGUUACGUAUGUUCAGUUCUUUGUUUUUUUAUUCUUAUUUCUUAUUUUGAGGGUAUGAUAUAUGUAAAGCCCCGUUGAA